AUGGAGCAGCCCUCCCCCACUCGUGCGCAUGGAAUUCGGCGCGAGUCGUGGACUUGCGUGGCAUGUACAGAGACCGUCGAUGAUGCCACGUGCAAAGAGAGUGUGCUGCGGAAUAAGGAGACGUGGCUGGGGCUCUGCGCGAGCUCGCUGGGCCUCCUCUUCGUGGCGCAAACCGAAGCUGCCCGCGACGCGGCGAGGCCUGCCAGCAUCUUCCACACGGGUAAGCCGGAGGAUGCUCGAGCGCUGGACUUUCUAGAGCGCUGGUUCAAGGAAGAGGAGGACCUGGGUGGGCUCCAGCGCAUGCCGCCCAAAGUGCGGCAACGCCUCAGGUUUGUGUUCAACAACGCCAUCAAGGCGGCGGGCACUACCGGCAAGAAUGCGCAGGCUUUGCAGUGGUACGACCGCAUGACCGCCGCUGACAUCAAGCCCAACGCGAGGACCUUUGGCAAGCUGAUCGCGGCCGCUGCCACCGCAGGCAUGGUUGAAGACGCGGAGUUCUGGCUGGAGAGCAUCCGCGAGCAGGGCCUGGAGCCCUCGGUGGUGGCCUACUCCUCUGUGAUUUGCGCCUGCUGCGAGGCCCAUACGGUGCCGCGGGCGGAGCGCUGGUUCCAGCACGCGCUGCAGCAGGGCUUGCAGCCAGACCUGAUCAUGUACAGCGCCAUCAUCAACGCCUGGGCGGAGAUUGGAGAGGGUGACAAAGCGGCGGAGUGGAUGGCCAAAGCAGAGGCGGAAGGCAUUGAUGUAAACCUGGCCUGCUACAAUGCGGUGAUCAAGGGCUACUGCCGCCAGGGCAACCUGGACAAGGCCAGCGAGUGGCUGGACCGCGCCAAGGAGGGAGGCCACAGCCUGGACCUGUCCUCCUUCAACACGGUCAUAAACUACUUCGCCGAGAAGGGCGACACGGAGGCCGCCAAGGUGUGGCUGGGCCACAUCUUGGCCGCGGGCUUGCAGCCUGACCAGGUCUCAUACAACACCCUGAUGAAGGCGGAGAUCGCCUGCGGGCGAUUGGCCGGGCUUCAGGAGCACUUGAGCGCCAUGCAGCUGCAGGGCUUGAAGCCCACGGUUCUCACCUACGGCACCGUGGUCUCAGCCUACGCUGACGCCGGCGACGUGGAUGCGGCCCAAAGCUGGUACGACAAGGCGCUGAAGGAGAAGAAGGUGAACGUCAACCUCCUAUCUUCGAUGAUGAAGGCCUAUGUCAAGGUGGGCAACCUGAAAGCGGCCGAGCGGUGCAUGCAGGAGGCCCAGGAGGAGGGCAUCGAGCCCAACCAUGUGGU